AGAACAGGAAAAGAGAGGGAAAAAGGGAAGGAAAAAAACGAAAACGCCCACGAAUUAAGUUCCAUUAGAAAGCUUCCUAAAACACUACGCAUUAUAAAGAUCCGUGAAUUGAUGAUCUGAAUCCAUUAAUAAAAGGUUUUAAGCGCCAUGGAUGACUUGGAGAAAGCAAUACUUAUCAUGUUUGAUGAAACGAGCAAUGUGGAUUCCAACUUAAAAUUAAAGGCUAAUGAGUAUUGUGAUAAGGUCAAAGCGGAAUCGGCAAUAUGUAGUGUGUGUGUUGAGAAGCUUUGUUUUUCGAACAUUGUUCAGGUUCAGUUUUGGUGCUUGCAAACACUUCAUGAGAUUAUUCGGGUUCGUUAUCCGUGGAUGAGUGUCGAUGAGAAGUAUUUCAUUAGAAAUUCAGUGUUUUCCAUUGUGUGUUUGGAGGGUAUUGAUGAGAACCACGCACUUCGAAUUUUACGGGGUCCUGCUUUCAUAAAGAACAAGCUUGCUCAAGUUUUGGUAACAUUAAUUUACCUCGAUUACCCGUUAAAUUGGCCUUCUGUUUUUGUUGAUUUCUUAUCUCAUUUGAGAAAAGGGCCCGUGGUGAUUGAUAUGUUCUGUCGGGUUCUGAAUACAUUGGAUGACGAGUUGAUUAGCAUGGAUUACCCUCGAACGCCCGAGGAAGUGACAGCUGCUGGGCGGAUUAAGGAUGCCAUAAGACAACAGUGUGUCUCGCCAAUUGUUGGAGCUUGGUAUGACAUUUUGUCUAUGUAUAAGAAUUCUGAUCAAGAAUUGUGUGCAAGUGUGUUGGAUGCGAUGAGAAGAUACAUAUCUUGGAUAGAUAUUGGGUUAGUAGUAAAUGAUGUGAUUUUGCCAUUGUUAUUUGAGUUAACCUUAGUUGAUGGGCUGCUGGAACAACUUCGUGGUGCUGCAGCAGGGUGUUUACUGGCAGUUGUUUCGAAGCGGAUGGAUCAUCAUGCAAAACUAACCCUGUUGCAGAGUCUACAAAUAAGCCGGGUUUUUGGUCUGGUUGCUGCUGAAGAUAGUGACUCUGAGUUGGUUGCAAAGGUAGCUAGCUUACUUACAGGUUAUGCCGUUGAGGUUUUGGAGUGUUUCAAACGGUUGAGUUCCGAAGAUUUGAAGAGUAAUUCUUUGGAGCUGCUAAAUGAAGUUUUGCCGUCUGUUUUCUAUGUAUUACAAAAAUGUGAGUUGGACUCUGCUUUUAGCAUUGUGCAAUUCCUUUCUGGUUAUGUUGCCACCAUGAAGAGCCUUUCUCCACUGACGGAGAAACAACUUCUUCACUUGAGUCAAAUAUUAGAAGUGAUCCAUGCACAAAUCUGUUAUGAUCCUGUAUACCGACACAAUCUUGAUAUCCUAGAUAAGAUUGGGAGAGAAGAAGAAGAUAGAAUGGUGGAGUUUAGGAAGGAUUUAUUGGUACUUUUACGUAGUGUGGGUCGUGUAGCACCUGAUGUAACUCAGUUGUUUAUUAGAAGUUCAAUAGUAAGUGCUGCUGCUUCCUCAUCAGAUCGAAAUGUUGAAGAGGUAGAAGCUUCACUUACACUUUUCUUUGCAUAUGGGGAAUCAAUCAGUGAUGAAGUAUUGAGAAAUGGAAGUGGACUUAUUGGGGAGUUGGUGACAAUGCUUUUAUCCACACGGUUUUCUUGCCAUUCUAACAGGCUAGUUGCACUUAUAUAUUUGGAAACAAUUUUUCGAUAUAUAAAGGCAGUGCAGGAGAAUUCUCAAUUUAUUCAUUUUGUUUUGGCUGCCUUUCUUGAUGAAAGAGGCAUACACCAUCCCAAUAUCAACGUUAGUAGAAGGGCAAGUUAUCUAUUCAUGAGGGUUGUGAAGCUUCUAAAAGCGAAGUUCGUUCCUUACAUUGAGACAAUUUUAACGAGUUUACAGGAUACCGUUGCACGAUUUACAAGCUCAAAUUUUGCAUCAGAUGAACUUUCAGGGUCUGAAGAUGGAAGCCACAUAUUUGAGGCAAUUGGUUUACUGAUUGGGAUGGAAGAUGUGCCACUGGAAAAGCAAUCCGAUUAUUUAUCAUCUUUGCUCAAGCCUCUUUGUCAACAGGUUGAAGCGGUGCUCAUGAAUGCUAAGGCAUUAAUUCCAGAGGAGGCUGCUGCAAAGAUUACUACCAUUCAGCAAAUAAUUAUGGCCAUUAAUGCCCUCAGCAAGGGGUUCAAUGAGCGGCUUGUCACAACAAGUCGUCCUGCAAUUGGUCUGAUGUUCAAACAGACAUUGGAUGUUCUUCUCCAAGUCCUUGUUGCAUUUCCUAAAAUAGAGCCUCUGCGGACUAAGGUCCUCUCUUUUAUACAUCGAAUGGUGGAGACUUUAGGUGCAUCUGUAUUUCCGUAUCUUCCAAAGGCAUUGGAGCAGUUGCUUGAAGAUAGUGAGCCGAAGGAGAUGGUUGGUUUCCUUGUGUUACUUAAUCAACUAAUCUGCAAGUUCAGCACUUCGGUCCAUGGCAUUUUGGAGGAUGUAUUUCCAACAAUUGCUAGUCGGAUAUUCAGCAUUAUACCAAGAGAUUCAAUUCCUUCAGGACCUGGAACCAAUAUUGAGGAAAUUCGUGAGCUACAAGAGCUUCAACGAAUAGUCUAUACGUUUCUUCAUGUGAUCACCACACAUGAUCUAUCUUCCAUCUUUCUAUCCCCUAAAAGCAGAAGCUACCUAGAACCGAUGAUGCAGUUACUUUUAAAUACAUCGUGCAAUCAUAAAGAUAUUCUUGUUAGAAAGGCAUGUGUACAGAUAUUCAUUAAAUUAAUUAAGGACUGGUGUGCCCGACCAUCUGGAGAAGAAAAGGUGCCUGGCUUCCAAAGUUUUAUAAUGGAGGGCUUUGCAACGAACUGUUGCUUGUACAGUGUGCUUGACAAAUCAUUUGAAUUACAUGAUGCAAAUACUCUAAUUUUGCUUGGAGAAAUUGUAGUGGCCCAAAAGGUUAUGUACGAGCAAUUCGGGCAGGAUUUUCUUGUACAUUUUGUAUCGAAGGGCAUUUUAACUGCACACUGUCCUCAAGAUUUGGCCGAGCAGUAUUGCCAAAAGUUGCAGGGUAGCGACAUCAAGGCGUUAAAAUCGUUCUACCAGUCGCUUAUAGAAAGUUUAAGAGUUCAACAGAAUGGAAGCCUUGUUUUCAGAUAGCAUUGCCUGCCCACUUGGAUGAAAUAAGUUGAUGAACAAUAUUUCCUGAGAACUCCAUUUUGUGGUGUUUGCUCUGAAAUAUGAUCUGCAAUUUUGUUCACCUAGGGAACUAUUCUGUAAAUACGUUCUCGGGGCUACUUAACGGAUGAGUUGUACAUUGCCUGAAAAGAUCUUAUCAACCACAGAUAGUUCAGUCAAAUUUGGUUCGAAUUGGAUCUACUCAUUUACAAAGAUCAUGGUAUUUUUUUUUUGUCCAUACCAUUUGCUUAGUUCGCGUAUUUUCUUACAACUUUUCGUUCGUUACAAUACGUUUUACGAUUAUUUUAGACUCGAUCAAUUUUGUUCCUUGGUUUCUGGCUCUGCACCACUUGAUUAAGCCUUAUCAAUUCAGAUUUGUAUAUCCUGGUCAAACAUUAGCAGCAUUUGUCAUCAUGAAAUAAAAUAUAAAGUUUGAAUUUCAA